AUGGCCCAUCGCAUCCUUCUCACCGGUGCAAAUGGCUUCAUCGCCCAGCAUAUUCUUACACAGCUCCUUGAAGCAGGCCAUUCAGUUCGAGCUGUGGUACGAAACCAGCCAAAGGCCGACCAGCUGCUCUCCACCUUCGCCUCCUACCCCUCCACACAGCUGGACACAGCUCUCGUUCCCGACAUCACCACCCCUGGCGCGUUCGAUGCAGCACUCGCAUCAAACCGGCCCUUUGACGCAGUCCUGCAUACUGCGUCGCCAUUUAACUACCGAGUCGUUUCCUCAAACCUUGACUUCAUAGACCCGGCCAUCAAGGGUACUACCGAGAUCCUCUCUGGUAUCGCCCGCGUCGCUCCAUCGGUUAAGCGUGUUGUAAUGACCAGCUCUAUGGCUGCCGUGAUCAACUGGUUCUUGCCGAAGCAGACAGAUCCCGCGAAGAUAUACACAGAAGCCGAUUGGAACCCUAUUACUUGGGACGAGGCCGUCAGUACCAAGGUCUUGAAUCUGGCAUAUGGCGCCAGUAAGAAGUUCGCUGAAGAGGCAGCGUGGGAUUUUGUUGCCAAGAAGAACCCCGGUUUCGAUCUUGUCAUCAUCAACCCUCCCAUGGUAUACGGACCGCUCGCCGAUCCAAACACUUACAAGAGCCCACAAGCGCUCAACCAGAGCAAUUUCAACCUGUGGCGCAACUUCCUUGACCCGGGCCUGACAUCUGCAUCACCUGUGCCGCCUGAGGGCUUACACCUUUAUGUGGACGUUCGUGAUGUAGCACGAGCACAUGUUCUUUCAGUUGUUACGCCUGAGGCUGGAGGCAAGAGGUUCGUCAUCGGCAACGGAGGGGUCUCGAACCAGAAGAUUGCAAACCUUUUCAGAGAGGCGCUGCCUAAGUUGGCGGAUAGGAUACCCGAGGGAGAGCCGGACAAUGCUGAACUUCCAAAGGGCUUGUUCAAGGUGGAUUCUUCUCUGAUUCAGAAAGUUCUGGGUCUAAAAUACACUAGUAUUGAAGACACUUUCAAACAGGUUGCUGUGCAGCUAGCCCAUAUUGAUGAGCUGGCACAAAAGACGGCAUGA